AUGGGAGAUCCAGUACUGCAGUCAGAUAUCAGUACUGAACGGGGUGAUGGAGGAGUAUGUAUACUCCCUCAUGUUCAUUCAAAGAAUAAAAGCCAUAUUCCUUUUAGCCUAGAUAAUAUAAAUCACAAAAUUGUUCAUGAAUGUCAGGAGCUCUCUUCAUCUGUCAUUACUACAUCUCCCUCAUCAUUUGAAGAAAACAAGAUUGUAUUGGAGGAACAAAGUUCCAGAGAAGAAAUUAGUUUAACGGAGAAAGUAAAGAAGAAUGCUACACCAACCAGGAAUACAACUUCUAAAGUGACCAGUAAUUUGAGAAUAAGAAGUAGAUUUGCCAAGCCUAAACCAAAUCUUGAGAAGAUUUUAGGGACCAACAGGUUUGAUGAUUAUCAGGAAGUUUCCAGUUUCUGUGCAACCAAUGGGGAAGAACUGGAAACUCAAAGAGAAACAGAGAAAAAUGCUUCCAAAGCAACAGAACUAGAAGAUAAAAACCUCAGACCAGUUACAACAGCAGAGAAUAAAGAACAGAGCAAAUUGGCAUGUGUACGUGGUACCCAAGGGACCAGGAUUUCUCAAGAAGUAAACCUAACUGAGAGAAAUGAAAAUCAAGAGAGCUCUCAAGAGGCUCAAGUGUUGUCAGUUGCUCCAAUGGCUUCCUCUGAGACACAGCCCUGCACACUUGGUUUGCCGAGGGGUCUUGGUGAAAAUUCUUUUGAAAAGCCCCAGAUAAAGGACUCUAAAGGAGACAAUGUGCUUACACUUCCUGUGCCAGGGGGUGGCAUGAGUAUUUAUUUCCCAGCAACUUCAGUUGGUCAAGAUGACAUGGGUUUAUCUAUUUUUGAAAGAGGGGAUUCUAAAAAGCUUCCUGAUAAUUUGGAUCUUGUAUCUAGGAAUCAUUGCAGGCUUGAUGAAAAUGACCACGUUCCUCCUGCCAAAAACUGUUCACUCACUUUAAGAGAUGAUUGUCAAGCACAGAGCUCUGAGGUGCACUCAAAGGAAUUAACAAAUGUUUUUGAGGAAACAGGGGAGUCUCGCAAGGGACAAGAUACUUUUCCUACCUCAGGAAGCACAUUGACUCAAACAGAGCAAGUUGAACCAAAACCUCCAGAACCUCAAACAGAGCAAGUUGAACCAACUUUUCGGAGUACAGGAUCUAGAUCUCCCGAUACACGCAUAGACAAGACUGUGCCUCAGUUACCUCAGAAUGAAAUGAUUGUGUCUGAUAAGGAAGAAAGUGACACUGCUCCUAAGUCUGAGCAAAUGGACAGCAGAACAUCAUCUUCAAAAGCCCCACUAUCCAGACCUGGCAGAAGACCCUUGGGAGUUUUAUCUUUCAUGUGUUCAAAGAAUAGUUUGGAAUCUGAUGGACCUACUCAGGUCUAUAGUAAGAAACGCCGAAAGCCUCUUAUACCUGCACUAAGACAGAAUCUGAAAAGAUCCAAUCCAUCCAGUGAAAGCCAGAAAAAGAAGCAGGAGUCCUCUGAUCCGCUUGCAUCUCCAAGUGUUAUUAAUACUCAAUCUGAGAAUAUUAGCAGCUCAUCAACUCGGGUUUUUUGCGAUCAGCCCUUACUGAAAGAAAGACACAAAAGUGGCCAAAAGAGGCCCCUGAAGGGAAGCCAACCACGGUCUCUGAAUAUUUCUUCAAUGAUGUCUUCAUUGAAGUGGAUGAAACAGAAUAAAACAAUCUUUUGUCUUUUUCUUUUUUAAAUUAAGUCUAGGAUUUCCAGAGUCAAUUACAUCAACAAAACAGUAUUUAGAGCAAAACAUCGAUGUCUAUUUUUCUUUAGGUUGAUUUUGAAUAUUUAAUGAGCUUGAUUUGAAGCUUUUGUAAUCAGUGGAAAACAUUCCCGAGGUUCCUUUCAUUCUGAUUGAUUUAGCAUUUUGCAAAGAGCAAGCAAUUAAGACUGCUUUCUCAGACAGAAAUAACAACUCUGGUUUACAAUUUGACUCUUCCUGUGCUAAGCACACAUGGACAUUUGGGAAUGUUGUGGAUAUAUGUCUCUGUAUGAAUUGCAUUGCAGACAGAUUUGGGGGUUGAUUGUAUCAUAUUUAAUGUUUAGAAACUUCUUUUGUGAAGAUUUUUUUAUUUUUAUUUUUAGAGGAAGAUGAUGAAGGAUGAAGACCUUUUCAGUUGCUUCUAAGUACAGUCAUUUUUCACAUGAUGUUUAAGUCAAUGACAGAUCGCAUAUAUGACAGUGGUCCCAUACAAUUAAAAUGGAGAUAAAAAAUUCCUAUCAUCUAGUGACAUUAUAGCUAUCAUAACAUAGUGCGUUGCUCUUUUAUGUUUAGACCUGUUUAGAUACACAGAUACUUACUAUUGCAUUACAACUGCCUACAGUAUUCAACACAGUAACACCCUAUAGAGGUUUGUAGCCAAGGAGUGAUAGGCUAUACCACAUAGCCUCGGUCUGUAGGGUGUGCAGCAGUCUGUACAUCUCAGUGUUUGUAAGUACACUCAGCGUUGUUCCACAUAAGAUCACCUAACAAGACAUUUCUUAGAACAUAUAGUUAAGGGACACAUGACUGUAUAUGAAAACAAAUUGUCAAACUCCACUUUAGUAUGGUAAAUGUUAGAUAACUUUUCUAUUAUCAGCUGUUUGUCUGACUGAAAAACACAUACUUUUUCAGUUUAUGGUGAUGUAACAUGAGUCCUAAUUGAAAAACUAGUGGCCGGGCGCGGUGGCUCAAGCCUGUAAUCCCAGCACUUUGGGAGGCCGAGACGGGCGGAUCA